AUUACCGGCAAGUGAACGGAUUCUCUUCCGGCCUCUGAAGACAGGCUGCGAGCGUGGAUUUUAAUCUGGGCUCAAAAAAACAUCAAAAUGAGCGUCCCCGCAUUCAUUGACAUAACAGAAGAGGAUCAGGCAUUAGAACUCCGGGCCUAUCUGAAGUCUAAAGGAGCUGAGAUCUCGGAGGAAAACUCUGAUGGCGGCCUGCAUGUCGAUCUGGCACAGAUCAUCGAAGCGUGUGAUGUCUGUCUGAAAGAUGAUGACAAAGAUGUUGAGAGCGUGAUGAACAGCAUCGUAUCUCUGUUGCUGAUUCUGGAGACUGAGAAACAGGAGGCUCUCAUUGAGAGUUUAUGUGAGAAGCUGGUGAAGUUUCGGGAAGGUGAACGUCCUUCUCUCAGGAUGCAGCUCUUGAGCAAUCUGUUCCACGGUAUGGAUGAAAACACACCAGUGAGGCACACCGUGUACUGCAGUCUGAUUAAAGUGGCAGCCACCUGCAAUGCCAUUGCUUUCAUGCCUACAGACCUUGACCAGGUGCGUAAGUGGAUCAUAGACUGGAAUUUAAACACAGAGAAGAAACACACUCUGCUCAGACUGGUGUACGAGGCAUUGGUUGACUGCAAGAAGAGUGAAGCUGCCGCCAAAGUGAUGGUGGAGUUACUGGGCAGUUACACAGAGGACAAUGCAUCACAAGCUCGAGUGGAUGCACACAGGUGCAUCGUCCGUGCCCUGAAAGAUCCAAACACCUAUCUGUUCGACCAUCUCUUGGCUUUGAAACCAGUGCGUUUCCUGGAGGGAGAACUCAUUCAUGAUCUUUUGACCAUCUUUGUCAGUGCAAAGCUCGCAGCGUAUAUGAAGUUUUACCAGAGCAACAAAGACUUCAUUGAGUCUCUCGGUUUGUCUCAUGAGCAAAAUAUGUCAAAAAUGAGGUUGUUGACGUUCAUGGGAAUGGCAGUGGAGAUGAAGGAGAUCUCUUUUGACACCAUGCAGCAGGAACUUCAGAUGGGUGCUGAUGAUGUGGAGGCUUUCGUCAUUGAUGCUGUUCGGACCAAAAUGGUCUAUUGCAAAAUAGACCAGACACAAAGGAAGGUUGUGGUGAGCCACAGCACACACCGCACGUUUGGCAAACAGCAGUGGCAGCAGUUGUACGACACACUGUCCUCCUGGAAACAGAAUCUGUCUACAGUAAAGACCAGCCUUCAGACGCUCUCACCCACCGCCUGACAAAGCUGAUUCUGUUUUUAUAUACACUCAAUAAAUAAACGACUAAUGAAGACCAUCA